ACCAUUGUAAAUUUACCUCAGCAUUAGGAAAAACAGUACUUUUUCUGCAUACCCGUGUGGAUUUGAGACACCAGUAAGGAUGCAACCGUGCUGUGAAUCUGUAAAUGGCUCUUGCAUAAGGAGCAGCUGGUCAAACAGUACCCGUGUUUCCAUGUAUAUCUUCAUGGUUUGCAUUAUUCUAGCCACAGUGGUUGGAAAUUUGACAGUUAUCAUCUCAAUAUCACAUUUCAAGCAGCUCCAUACGCCUACUAAUUUCCUGAUACUUUCAAUGGCUACAGUAGACUUCCUGCUGGGAUUCUUCAUCAUGCCUUGCAGUAUGGUGCGCUCUGUUGAGAACUGCUGGUAUUUUGGGGAGCUCUUCUGCAAGAUCCACACGAGCAUGGACAUUAUGCUGAGCACAGCUUCUAUUUUCCACCUUUCCUUCAUAUCCAUUGACCGUUACUAUGCUGUGUGUGAUCCUUUAAGAUACAAAUCCAAGAUAAAUACUUUUGUUAUUGUGGUCAUGGUGUUCAUAAGUUGGACAGUCCCUGCUGCUUUUGCUUUUGGGAUGAUCUUUCUAGACCUGAACUUGAGAGGGGCAGAAAAGAUUUAUAAUCAUGUCCAUUGUGCAGGAGAAUGCCUUCUCAUUUUUAGUGAAACUUCAGGUAUUGUGGCCUCUGUAGUAUCUUUUUACAUUCCUGGAUUUGUUAUGCUGUACAUCUAUAGGAAAAUAUACUCUGUAGCCAAGAAGCAGGCAAGAUCCAUUAAUGCAAUUAGCAAAAAAAAGGUGCAAUUUGAAAUGAAGAAUCACAUUUCAUUCUGCAAAGAAGGGAAAGCUGCUAAGACAUUAGGCAUAAUAAUGGGAGUGUUUCUCAUCUGCUGGACUCCAUUCUUCUUCUUUACAGCUACCAAUCCAUUUAUGAAUUAUGUUAUACCUCCUAUUCUCAUCGAUGCUCUGGUUUGGUUUGGCUAUUUAAAUUCUACAUUUAACCCAAUUGUUUAUGCAUUUUUUUACAUGUGGUUUCGCAGGGCAUUAAAAAUUAUUCUGUUCGGAAAAAUUUUUCAACAGGACUCUUCCAGGUCUCAUUUGUUUUUAGAUUAACAUGUUUUAAAUGGUUGCAUUCAUGGCUUAGAACUUUUUCCUGGAGGCUGAAUUCCUGGGUGUAAGAUCUGAAAAGGGAGGAAACACCUAUUUGUUUACCCAUUUACUAAAUCCAAUUCAAGCAGAUAAGCAAUUGUGCUUUACAUCUUAUUUCAUUCCAGACUGGGAUUUGUAUGUGAUGUUUUGAUUAGAUCUAUUUAUUUUCAAUGUGCAGAAGAGCAAGACUUACACUUAAAAAAACUUACCACACUUUACAUACCUGAUCUUAAUCAUUAAAAAACUAUUCUGAUACAACAGAUUGAUUUCUUGAACAAGGUGAUUUAUAUUACAAUAUUUGUGUUUAUUUGUUGUCCUCUAGAAAGAACGGAAAAACCUUUUCCUUUGAAUUUCUUUACAUCUUCGAGCAAUUAUCCAAAGCUUGAUAAGUUUUUCCCUCCUAUUCAAUAUUUGUGCAGAGUUCUAAACAGACCAAUAACCAGCCAUACCAGCACACUCAAUGGAGGGAAGAUGAGACAGAGAAAAAUUGUGCUGUUCUAUCUGUUUUCAUUUCAACUAGUGCUUGUCACUUAUGAGUUUGUCACUUAAAGGCUUUGCUGUUUAAUGAGAUCAAAAGCAUGUUUAAUGAGAUCAAAGACAAGGAAAAAUAUGAUGUAUGAAAUGAAAAGCAAUUGCAAAAAAGCUGCAUUGAACCUGAGAAUGCCAGAAAAUUAUAUUUGUCUAAUGAAUGUUUAGAUGUAAAAUAUUUGCCAAUUCUCGUGUCAGGGACCUUUUUUUAGCUUGGAGAUAUUGUUAUUUUGUCUGAUGGCAAUGCUGUGACAACUUUUGAGGAAAGCAUAUAGAGAAUUGUGAAGAAAUCUUGUGGUUGAAAUCAGUUGGAUUAUGAAGGACCAGUAGUGGCAAUGGACAGGAAAGGAUUAGUAUGUGAGAAGCAACCAUGGAGAGAAAUUGGUGACUGUACUGAAGUAAGAACUACAUUCAGCAGUAUGCCCUUCAUUUAUGUUCAUUGUAUAAGUGCACAUCAUAUGUGUAUCUUGUCUUUAUUUUCUGUAAUUUGUAGAGCACUGAAACACUCUAUGCUGUGAAGCAUAAAAGUUGAAUGAUGAUACGUUUCUGCAGCGUGAAAUAUCGGGAUCUGAGAUUGUCUCUCUUACUGUUUCGUUGCCAUCUUGUAAAGUUUGUAC